CCCGAUCCUCCUCCUCUACCCACUCGUAAUUUUUUUCUCUUUCCGCUGAACAGGCUCAUAGUCGUGCUCCUCGUCCCCCGCUUCCUCCAAGGCGCGAGCCUCUCUUUCUAGAUCAUGGCAAACAUUGAAAAGGAACCUGGCCCUCAAGGCGACUCUCCUACCCCAGCCACGCCAGCUGGCGAGCCAGAAAAAAAGAAGAGAGAAUACAAAGAUUUGGAACACGAUAAUGGUGGUCCUACUCACGCCAAUGUUGACAUGUCGACGAUCCAACUCCGUGCUGAGGAUCUGUACGACAAGGAAAAGGUCGACUUGGAAACUAUUGUCAUUGAGGACGUCUUCAAACUAUUACAAUGCGACGAGAAUGGUCUAACUUCAGAGGAAGCUACACGUCGUCUUGAACUCUUCGGUCCUAACAGGCUCGAGGCCGAGGACCAGAAUCCCUUCCUCCAGUUCCUGAGUUUUAUGUGGAAUCCUCUUUCCUGGGUCAUGGAAGCCGCUGCUCUCGUCGCCAUUGCACUUUCAAACGGUGAAGGCAGAGCCCCGGAUUGGCCCGACUUCGUCGGUAUCGUCCUCCUGCUCUUCAUCAACUCCGCUAUCGGUUUUUACGAAGAGCGUAACGCUGGUAAUGCCGUUAAAGCACUCAUGGACUCACUUGCCCCCAAGGCCAAAGUCAAGCGUGGUGGCAACUGGUCAGAAAUCGAGUCCGCGGACUUGGUUCCUGGUGAUAUGGUUUCCUUCAAAAUCGGUGACAUUGUUCCGGCGGAUUGUCGUUUGACGGAGGCCAUCAACGUGUCUAUUGAUCAGGCUGCUCUUACCGGUGAAUCUUUGCCUCAGUCCAAGAAGACCGGUGAUCAAUGUUUCUCUGGUUCUACCUGCAAGCAAGGUGAAGCGGAAGGUGUGGUAAUCUCUACCGGUGCCAACACCUUCUUCGGUCGUGCCGCCUCCCUUGUUGGACAGGAUGACGAUACUACCGGUCAUCUCCAAAAAAUUCUGGCUCAGAUUGGUUCAUUCUGUCUAAUUGCCAUCGGUCUUUUCGUCUUCCUCGAGAUCGUCAUCUUAUACCCGAAGUUCAAGUAUACUUACCGGCGUGGUCUCGAUAACAUCCUUGUCCUCUUGAUCGGUGGUAUUCCCAUUGCCAUGCCCACUGUCCUUUCUGUCACCCUUGCCGUCGGAGCUCAGCAACUCGCUAAGCAUAAGGCCAUUGUCACUCGUAUCACAGCUAUCGAAGAGUUGGCCGGUGUCACCAUCCUGUGUUCUGACAAGACUGGAACGCUCACCACCAACAAACUCACCAUUGACCGAAACACCAUCCGUACUUACGGCCCUUUCUCUGCAGAGGAUGUCAUUCUUCUUGCUGCCUACGCUUCUCGUACGGAAAACCAGGAUGCCAUUGAUAUGUCUGUUGUGCAGGCUAUUGGUGACCCUGCUCGUGCCCGUGCCGGUAUCAAACUCCUCGAGUUCAAGCCAUUCAACCCUGUUGACAAGCGUACGGAGAUCACCUACCGUGAAGAGUCUACCGGUAAACUCAAGCGAGUCACUAAGGGUAUGACUGGUAUCAUCAUCGAGUUGUGCUCACGAAACAAGACAUCUGACUUGGAGGAUAAACUCGAGGCAGACGUCGAAGAGUACGCUCAGCGUGGUCUCCGUGCUUUGGCCGUUGCGUAUGAGGAAAUCGAUGGUGAUGAUCCUGAGGCAGAGGGUAACGGUUUCGAACUGAUUGGUCUAUUGGCGAUAUUCGAUCCUCCCCGUGAUGAUACCAAGCAGACUAUUGACGACGCUAUUGCUUUGGGAGUAAAGGUCAAGAUGGUCACUGGUGAUCAACUGGCUAUUGCGAAGGAAACGGGUCGUCGUUUGGGUUUGGGAGACCACAUGUACCCCGCCAAAGUGUUGAAAGACGGUCCUUCCCCUGGUGGCAAACACGCUUCCCUCGACGAGAUGAUUCUUGAUGCGGACGGUUUCGCCGGAGUGUUCCCCGAGCACAAGUACGAGAUUGUCAAGAGACUGCAAGGUCUCGGUCACUUGUGUGCAAUGACUGGAGAUGGUGCCAACGACGCCCCCGCUCUCUCGAGGGCAAACGUAGGUAUCGCAGUGGAGGGUGCCACUGAUGCUGCACGAGGAGCUGCUGAUAUUGUCUUGACGGAGCCUGGUCUUUCAACCAUCGUGCACGCUAUCCGUGGAUCUCGUAUUAUCUUCCAACGUAUGCGAAACUACUCCAUCUACGCCUGUGCUGUUACUAUCCGUAUCGUCGUUUGCUUUGCUAUCCUCGCCUUCGCCUACCAAUUCGACUUCCCUCCGUUCAUGAUCCUGAUCAUUGCUUUGCUCAAUGAUGGAACCAUCAUGACUUUGUCUGUUGACAGGGUGUUACCAUCAAUGACGCCGGAUAGCUGGGAUCUUGCUGAGAUCUUCGCGUUCGCUGUUGCGUAUGGUCUCUACUUGACCCUGUCGACCAUUGCUCUCGUAAUUAUCAUCAUGGAAACAACCUUCUUCCAGGACAAGUUCGGAGUCAGUCUUGAAACCAACCCCGUCGUCGCCAACGACCGUCAAUUCCAUAUGGUUAUCUACCUCCAAGUCGCCAUCAUUUCGCAAGCUCUGAUCUUCGUCACUCGUUCGCAUGGAUUCUUCUUCAUGGAGAGACCCAGUUUUGCUUUGAUGGGUGCCUUCUGCAUUGCCCAGUUGAUUUCGAGUAUCAUCGCUGCCUAUGCUAACUGGGGCUUCACUCAAAUCCAGGGAAUCAGUGGUGGAUGGAUUGGUAUCGUUUGGGUCUGGAAUAUCAUCUGGUUCGUUCCCCUGGAUUGGAUCAAAUUCGCAAUGAAGGCCACUAUCAUCAAGUAUCUCCGUAACAGAAGACUUGCGGCGGCUGCCAAUGCACCUAGGUCGGAUGAGGGUGUUCCGAUGACCCGUACCCAAUCCCGUGCUGCUUCCAUACACGAAUCAUUGUACUCCAACCGUGUCGGAUUCCUGAGACGGGCAGCGCGGAAAGUCGGGUUCGGUGGAAGAGUUAGUAUCAAGCCUGAGGAGUUGCAAAGAUUCAGCAGCUACCAAGCUCAGAACACUGGUCAGACUUUGGCUAGGAACCCGAGUCGGACUGCUGUAUAGAGUGAUGGAUUGAACUCCAGGGGUCACGGAUGAUGGACAGAGUCAGAGGAAAACUCUUUUCUCUUUCGACUAAUUUAAGAAUAUCUUCGAUUUCAUACUGAAUACCUUUCCACUCCUUUGAUUUUUCCCCUCCUCUUCGUCCUGUACAUCCCCCUCCUGAUUGAACCGCAGCGUAUCAUAUACACUCGCACGGCACUACAUCACAUACCUACAGAUUAUCGUUUUGUCUACAACAUAUCUUUUUUUACUCCUUUACCCUGUACCUAGCGUUUCUUAAUGAAGAGAAUAUAGAAAUGAGUUGUAAUUUACCAAGAAUUUGACUUUAUUUAGAGAGCGUCUUAUUGGGGACACGUAAUUCAUAGAUCUGGAUCAUACCGG